GAAAGAUAAAGAUUCGGAAAAAUUCUCUACACGUUCGGAAAUUAUAGUUUUGAGAAAUUGUAACAAAUUUUGAGGCUUUUAAAAUAUCAAUAUCUAUGUCACAUCUAGAAGAUAGAUAAUUUAUCUGCCUCAAGAUGGAUGAUGUAUCAAGGCUAUUCGGUUUGAGUUUGUGCAUGUUCGUUGGAUGUUAUUUAGCGGGUGCAAUUCCUCUGGCCUUCACGAUGUCUGAGAAGAGACUGAGGAUGGUCAGCAUUCUAGGGGCAGGUCUGUUGGUGGGAACUGCACUUGCUGUUAUUAUUCCAGAAGGGGUUCAUGCUUUAUAUGAGUCAGAUCAACAUGUACACUCUUCCCAUACCCAUGGUGCACACAAGCACUUGGCAGGUACUAACAUAGAUGCAACUCAGUCUCAUGAAGACCAUGAUGAAGCUCAUACACAAGUAGAUGUACUAAAGAACCAGAUUUCUCAAGUUGAACCAGAUGUAUUUAUUGGUCUUUCCUUAUGCUGUGGAUUUGUGUUCAUGCUGCUGAUUGAUCAUAUCAGUGGGGGCCAUGCACAUGCUCCCCCUACAUCAGAUCCAGAAGGAAAUGGCAGACAAAGACACAGUAAAAUCACAGCAACAGUAGGUCUAGUUGUUCAUGCGGCAGCUGAUGGUGUUGCCCUUGGAGCAGCUGUUACAACAUCAAAAACUGAAGUUGAAGUAAUUGUGUUUGUAGCUAUCAUGUUGCAUAAGGCACCAGCUGCAUUUGGUUUAUCAACAUUUCUUCUUCAUGAAGGUCUUGUUAGAACUAGAAUACGUAAACAUCUUAUGGUGUUUGCUGCAGCAGCACCAGUGAUGGCUUUGGUGACUUACUUUGGUCUUAGUCAGAGCAGUAAAGAAGUACUAUCCAGUGUGAAGGGGACUGGAAUAGCCAUGCUGUUUUCAGCGGGGACAUUUCUUUAUGUUGCCACAGUUCAUGUCCUACCAGAACUUAUGAGUAUGAAUACGCAUUGUGACAGUAGUUCAGACCAAGGCCGGUCUGACAAAAUGCAAAGGACUGAUCUUUUCUUGAUGGUGUUUGGAAUUGUGUCACCUCUUUUACUUUCCCAAACACAUAGCCAUCAUUAACACCUCUGUUAUUUUUACUGGAUUUGCAUUAUGUUUUUUCUUGACCUCUGUGGCAUGGUCACACAGUAACCAUGUGAAAAUAUACAAAAUACUGAAACCCCAAGUGUGAGCAUUUUGCUUUGCAUGUACACUGCAAGUGCAUGAUUGUUCAGGGAGGGGUUUCUGGACAGGCCUUUCACAUGUGCAGUGAAGUUGUUGUAGGUUCAUAUUACUAUCCUUUAUGGAUAAUGCCUUAUGUGUAAAAUCUUGUAAAAUUCAUCCAAUACUUAUGUAUGUUUGAAGAGGGUUUGUAAAAAAUACGGAAUUCUUGAAAGCAUAUGGAAUUUUGCCACUAAUAAUGAUUUUAAGACCCCUAAAAAGAUCAAGUUUUGAAAUACAAAAAUUCAGGAGUUUACUCUCAACCGAUAGCAAUUGCUAAUUGUUUGUUGGAGACUACGGUAUAUCAAGAGAUCUUACCUUGGCUAAAAUGUCAAGUUACUUCAUAGCUAGAAAGGUCUGAGAAUUUUCAAUUCAGAUACAAAUGCACAACAAUUCCUACUAAGUUCAAAUUAAGUGAUUUAUAAUAGUAACAGGACCAAGUGGAGUAAUUCCAUCUGUAAUCACACAGUACCAGUGAUUAACAAAAUUGUAUGACUGCUAAGCGAGAGUCCAAUUUGUCAGUCACUUGUAUGAUUACAGACAGAAUUGGACGACAAGAAGUCCUGUUCCCAAUUAAUCAUAGCCAUUACAAUUUCCAAAGACAACAAAUACAUUUUGGUCAAAUAUCUCUGGUAGAGACAAUGUCUAAAGUAAAAAAAAUUUCUCCAUUUUAGAAAUUCCUCAGUUCAUUUUAGGAUGAGUGGUUGUUGCUAUGGUUAUUGUGAUUAAUUCUGUAAUUAGUGAAUUUGGCUGAGUGGACUUUUGGCUGCCUCAAAUGUCCAAUUACAGGUGUCUGAUUACAGCCAACUGUCCAUUUACCAUUUGCGCCGUCCGAUCACAGCUGUACAGAAGGAUUAGUGAAAAAUAAAGCAGCUAAUACACCAAUCACAUUUGAGGAAAUGGUAAUGGUUAUGAUUAGACUCAUAGCUUUUAAAGGAAAAUGAAGAUGAUGUUUACAACACUCUUAGAUUUUGUAAACAAAAAUGUGUACAAUUUAUGGGUUUAUUAGUAGGUCUAUUAAAGUGGUAAAAAGACUUUGGUGACAUGGGGAAAGAGAAGUGGAGGGUACAGUGUUGCCUACAUUGGAAGAAUGAGACAUCAUAUAAAAAAUAUAUAUAUAAAUAAUCUCAUGCUGCCUUAGGUUGGCCUGGGAAUGUAAAUGUAUGUGUUUGUACAUUAAAACACUAUGAGUUAAUUUAUAAGGGGUCAUGCAAGCCAGGGGAAAAAUGCUCUUUGCAAAAUAUUAGAGAUAAGGUACAGCUUUUUAACCCUUUAACUCCCAUCCAUGAGUGACCAAGACAGAAUUUCUCCUCACAAUAUCAAUACAAUAUCAAGCAGACAAAUGAUGAGAAUAGAGAAAAAUCAUAACUAGGGGAUUAUUAGUUGAGCUAAUACCAAAUUCUCCAAACUAACAUCAGAAGAACCAUAUGGCAGACAUUAAGGAGAAUUACUAAUGAGAUCUUGGGAGUCAAAGG